GUGGGCUUAGCUGUUUGUGGACUAAAUCCGAGGUUCUAGCUGAUAAGCCUGAUGCUUUGUUGUUUGAGACUGCUACUCCUCCUCUUGAGACUAUUGUUUUCUAAUGGAGCCUCAAAGCAGUGUUGUUGACCAACCAAUGGUUGUUUCACUUAUUUUCUCCAGAUAUAUGUUAUUGAUGUAUGGAGAAAAUGAGAAAAAAAAGUAUCCUUUACUUAUAAUGGCAGCAGGACUAUCCGACUUGCAUUAUGGAUAAAAUGAAGUGCUCUUAGUAAAAAGUACUUCGGACCCAAUGAUUUCUUAAUUCUUACUAGUAGUUCAUGAUUCUAUCUUAGUUUAAGACUUAUUUUUGUAUAAAGUGGUCAACUUUUUCCAAUCAAUUGUAGCAGGUAAACCCAAAAAUAUUGUCUGCUGUACCAUAUGUACUCUAUGACAUAUCUAACUAUUUGAUUUCUUAGUGUUUUUGCGACCUCUUGUUUCAAGUAACCAAUUAGUUAAAGUUUAUAUAUACAUUGAUGUGAACUGAGCAUGUAUAAUGCUCCUCUUAGACCUACUCUUCGCAAAAUUAGAGUUUGGUGUAGACCAGUGUUGUAAAUAGCUCUCCCCUCAGCGGUAAUAGCGUGAGGCGAUGCGAUGCGAGCCUCCAGCGAUAUUUGCCUCUGUUGCGUUGCGAUUCAAAAAGGUGAGCGCCUCUGCCUGUGUAGCGAGAGGCGACCUGUGGCGUCGCUUUUUGAAAAAAAGAAAGAAAAAGGCAGUAGAAAAAGAAAAAGACCAGCGAUUAGGGCUUUCAGCUAUUUCUUCUUCUUUCUCCUUCAAGUCGACCCAGCCACAGCAGACCAUCAGUGAUUGUUCUUUCUUCUUCAAGCUUCUUCAUCAGAGACGUCAAGGUGAUCCAUUGCGUGUAUACAUGGAUCUUGAAGCUGGUAGAAAGAAAUCAGGGUAUGAGGAUAUAUUUAUUAGCUAUCAUGCAAAAGAUGAUGUCCAGUCAACCUAUGCUGGUUCACUUUUUCAUAAUAAUCGAAACUAUCACCUUUCGCCUUCUAAGAACAAUGAUACUCUUGUUUAUUGGUCAUCAUCACGUUGUCUUCCUCAAAGAAACCAGCUUGCCAAACGUCUACUCAGCUUGCUACCUUCCCAUUCAUUUGGCAAGUGCCUCAAUAAUGUUGGAGGUCUAGACAAGGCGCUCUCCCUCUAUCCUGAGUGCAUCAAGGAUUUUAAAGAAGCACCCAAAUGGUGGGACCAUUUACAUUGCGCUAUGUCACAUUACAAGUUUGUCCUUGCGAUUGAGAACACCAGGACAAAGAGUUAUGUAACAGAAAAGUUGUUUUAUGCACUGGACUCUGGCGCAGUCCCCAUUUAUUUUGGUGCCGCGAAUGUCUGGGAUUUUGUACCUCCACAUUCAAUAAUUGAUGGAAGCAAGUUUAGCUCUUUGGAGGAACUGGCUUCCUAUGUUAAGGCCGUUGCUAAUGAUCCGGUAGCUUAUGCAGAGUAUCAUGCAUGGAGAAGAUGUGGUGUGCUUGGAAACUAUAGAAAGACCCGAGCAGCAAGUCUAGAUACUUUGCCUUGCAGGUUAUGUGAAGCCAUCAGUAAAAGAAAUGGGAGAAAUGCAAGAGCUUCUUGAUUAUUCAACUACAAAAAUACAGGGUACUAGGUUUUAAAUUUCAUUGUUGUGUACUUAGGUCUUUUAGUGUUGUUUCUCAACGGUGUUUGUGUUGAUAGGAUACACUAGGUAGGGUGACUUGUAAAGAUCCCAUGCCCUUACAGAUUAAUCAUACAUAAAUUUUGGUUCAAACAAAAUUGCAUAUUAUAUGUCAAUUUCCACUAAGUUUCUCCUUGAUUAUGAA